CAUUUCUUAACUCUUUUUAUCAAUUCAUGGUAUUAGAUAGAGGGAAGGGGCCGGUUAAUGUAGUACAGACGGUGAUAGAAACGUCAAAUUGCAUUGACAAGCUUCUACCUGUUGGAGUGCUCUACUUUUGCGAUGUCCCUUUUGAGUUGUCAGAUUUUGGUGGGAUUGCCUGUCAUGAUGGUUUGAAGGUUCCAAGAUCAAAUUGGCGUUGGUUUGACAUAAACUUUUUCUUGUACAGGUUAAGCCAGAAUGAAUCGGGUUUGAGUAUGAUCAACCCAGUGCUUGAAGAUUUACAGUUUCUUAUAAACAAUCGGUUUUGUAUGGCAACUUUCAAGAACUUUAAAGAGAGCAAGCAUGGGGUACUGGUAAGUGCCGUACGUGUAUAUGCUGUUCCAUCUGAUAUACCUGGAGCACGACAUUUUUCUCAAUGGAGACAUGGACGUCCCAGAUCAUUAUUUGUAGAAAAAAAUUCAAAAAAAAGUUGGUGGCGCUUACUUUGUCGAAUGGAUUUCUCUAUAGAAAGUUGGAAAUGUGAAAAAUUGAUUAUGAAUGAAAUAUUAAUAAUAUCAAUUCAAAUGAAGCGGAAUAAACAAUUUUCUGCUCAAUAUUCAAGCCCUAUAGGUCAAGAUGUUUUGAAUUUUCAUGUUGAAAGAUGGAUUAGACGAAAACGGUUGGUGAAAUAUACACGGUCCAGUGAUCAAGCUACGACGACCACCCCCUCUAUUACUGAUACCCUUAUGCGUAUAUAUAAUGGAAUCCCUUCACCAGAUGUUUCAAAAUAUACUCAGGAGAAGUUUGAUAAGAAAGACGCGGAUCCUAGAGUAGUUUCUAUUUCGCGUAUUCUUAAGAUACAUCGAAAUACUCCUAUUCCGGGAAUGUCUUCGGUGUUGUAUCCAUUCCAAUUGAAAUCUUUGGUGAAAAUGUAUGAGAAGGAAACAGUGUUGGAAACUCGUGUAGUGCCUAACUUUAUAAAGUUGGAAUCUCCUUGUGAAAAUAAGUCUUAUUAUUUUGAUAUUUCCGAAUGUGUCUUUUGGACCAAACCUGAGCUUUACAAAUUACCUUGUGGUGGUAUCCUUGCAGAGAAUAUGGGAUUAGGAAAAACGAUUAUUUGCUUAGGGCUUAUCUGUUUGAGUAAAUAUGAAGUUUCAAUGAUUCCAGAGGAUGCAAAUUUGUUCAUUAGUAGCACUACAAAAAGUUUUAACCUUCCUACAUUAACUGAAUUAUGUCACCAGAAGGUUAAUCAGAAAUCUUUACCUUGGAAACGCUAUAUAAAUGAUCUUCCUCAAUCAGUCGUUUCGAUCCUUCAAAGGAAUCCGGGGUAUUUUCAACUUCAAUUGAAUCAAUUACCAGGGCAAACAAGAAAUAGAGUUUUGCGUAGAAAUAUUUCCGAUGAAGAUUCAGAAGGAAUUACCAGAUUGACAUUACUCUUGUGUAAUACUACACUUAUUCUAGUUCCUGAUAAUCUUUUCCAUCAAUGGAACAAUGAAAUCAAGAAACAUAUAGGACAUGGAUUUCUCCAAAUCCUCUUCAUAUCAGGACAAUUCACCAGUCCAAUAUACUCAGAAGAUUCAUUAUAUACAAAUUCACUUCCAGAGGAUGCCACAGAAUUGACGAAGUACGAUUUGGUCAUAAUUUCGCAUAGCUUAUUGAAUGUGAAGGGGAAUCAAAAUACACCCACAAGUAUACUUUUGAAACGGAUAUACUGGAAAAGACUUAUUAUCGAUGAAGGACAUUCAACUACUAGUCGGAACUCAAAAGUAUCCACUCUUUGUCGAGAAAUCCACUCUGAACGAAGGUGGGCUGUUACAGGUACCCCUACAUCUGGCCUUACUCGUUUGGAGAUGGAGGAAGAUGAUGCCAUGGAAGUGAAUAAGGAUGAUGUGGAUAAAACGAAAUAUACAGUAAAGACAAGCAUAAAUGAAAAAGAUGAUCUUUUAAAACUUGGGGCUCUAGUAGGAAGCUUCCUCAAGAUUGAACCAUAUCACACUCAGCCGAAAAUGUGGACAUCUUUAAUGUCGAAACCUUUACUUGAAGGUCGUUAUGGAUCCAUACGAAGUCUUAAAAGGCUUUUAGAAAAUAUCGUUGUUCGUCAUGUUCUUUCCGAUGUGGAACAAGAUUUGAAAUUGCCAAGUCUUCAUCACCGUCCAGUAUUCUUGACGCCAUCAUAUCAUAAUAAACUUGCGGUUAACAUGUUUACAGCAGUUUUAGCUGUGAAUGCUGUAUCAUCGGAAAGAACGGAUAUAGAUUAUAUGUUCCAUCCGCUGAAUCGACAACAACUUCGGCGAUUGAUUACAAAUCUUCAACGAAGUACAUUCCAUUGGACAGGGUUCAAACAGGAAGAUGUAGAGACUCUUAUCACUGUUUGUCGGAACUCCAUGAAGAAGAGAAAUCACAAUAAAAGUGAUAUUAAUUUAUUAAAGGACUCGAUGCAUGCCGCACAAGCCGCCUUAGCCAAUCCUAGAUGGAGAACAAUUGCUCUAUUGCAUGAAAUGAACUAUUAUGUAGCAGGACUUCCUGGUAGCUUCACAGGAGCGUUCUCCAUGGGGAUAUAUGAGAAAGAAAAUGAAGAGGAAGAUAUAUCGGUGUUGGGGGCACCUCACAUCCUGGCUGUACAAGAAUUCUUCUACAAGAAUCGAUUUAUGGAUAUGAAUGAUGAAGAGAAACUCCGAAGCAAAUUGGAGCCGGCUUCAAAAUCAUUUUGGAAAGGAUAUUGGGGGCAGACUCAAAAACGUAAUAUAGAACGGUUCAAUAAGCAAGAUGAAAACCAAGGGGUGAGGUCUGGUGUUACCAAUGACCAAAUUGUAGGUGUGCUACAAUCACCAAAGGAACUUAAGGGAUAUGUACCCAAGAGGAAGCGAAGAAGAAGUAGUGAUGGAGGGGAUCUAACUACCAAAUUGGAAGCAGUUGAGUGGGCAAACCGAAAUACUCCAACUUUUGGAGGCAUAAAAGGAGCUACUAUUUUAGGAACUGCGUCGGCUAAACUCUCCUACAUCUCUAGUCGACUCUUGGAGCAUCAAUAUGCUGGGGUGAAAUCGAUUGUAUUUUUCGAAUUUGAAGACAGUGCGUAUUAUUUAACUGAGCUGUUGGAUGUCUUGGGAGUGAAUUAUAUUCUUUAUGCCACAUUCAUCCGUCCUGGUCAAAGAGCGACAAAUCUUUCUGACUUUAGUGACUACUCCUCGGGGGGUAUCACUUUGAUCAUGGAUCUUCGGUUGGCAUCUCAUGGAUUGAAUAUUAUUGCAGCAACUCAUGUAUACUUCUUAAAUCCAGUGUGGCUGCGGAGUGUAGAAGCUCAGGCGAUCAAAAGAGCUCAUAGGAUUGGUCAAACCCAAGAAGUUUAUGUGGAAACACUCAUAUUAGAAGGUACUUUGGAAGAAGAAAUAUACAAAAGGCGUAAUACGAUGGAUGUUGAUGAUGAUGAAUUAAGCAAUGAUUCUCCAACCACUGGAAAAACGAAGAAGUAUGUUAUUGAUGAUACAGGAAUGCAGCAAUUUAUUCUUCGCCAUAAGUUCUUGGAUAUACAUCAGGAUGAACGAGAAUAUGCACCCUUUGUUGCCCCUGCUAUUGACUUACGGACUUUCCACGGCUAUGAUGAUACUGAUGAGGCUUCUUUGCUAGACCAUUCUGAUUCAAUUUAUCAAGAAAACCUCCGUGCAUGGACUGUACAUGUAUUUAGUAACGCUAACUUGGCGAAAUUAAACAAUGCAAAGAACCAAAAGGUUAGGAAGGCUUUCCUGGAGCAAGACUAUGUUAAGAAACUAGUUGAUCCUAUUGAACAAAUCAAGGAAGAGUUUGAAGAGACUAAGGUACCCACGCGUAAGAGGGUCCGAUUUUAAACUUAAUAUAUGAAUAUAUCUAUAAUAGAACACCGUCAAAGACUUCUCUUCCUAGUAAAGACUGCUACAGUUUGAUUGUAUGCUUCGUUUAUAUUACAUAUAUAUACAUGGUACCGUCACGAU